CUUUCCCGAGGACAAUCCUCCGGCUACUCUGUCUCUGGCGGCUCACGCAGAGGUGCCCUUUGAAAUAAGGCUACGCUGGACGAUGCGCGACGAUGCUUCAUAGGCCUGAAGGCUGUUAUUGCUGAGCAACCCCAAGUCAAGGUCGUGGCAAGGUUCGUCCUCAUCUCUCUCUCUUCUCCACCAUCACCAUCUCCACGCUUUCGUUCAAUGGCAUCUGCCUAGACGUUGCACGGAACCAACGGUCAGCCAUCGAUCUCACUCAAAUAUCGGAGAUCUUUUCUCUGCACCCGCUUUCAAUCAACCACCGCGUAGCGCCCGCACCCGCACCCGCGCCCGCAAUUCGAUCCCGGUGGACGGGUCCUCGCACAUCUUCGACCGGAGCCAAAGUGGCCUCGACCCGCUACCCUGCGUACACCGCCGUAGACUUUCUGUCCUCUUCACCACCACCGCCGCCAUGACCGACUUUGCCAUGCCCUGCCAUGGAGUUAUGGCUGAAUUCUCCAAGCCUCAACCGCAAACAGCCUCGCGAGCCUUAAUGGGGUAUCUUCGUCCCUCCUCCCCCGCGCAACGCUUCGACGCAGAAGCAAGCGACUACUUCUCUCCCCGCCCAGCCGGUCCAUCACGCUCCUCCGCCGCCUCCUCUUCGGGCGCCACGCCCUCCUGGCACGGCCACGGCCACGGGCAGCGCUCCCGCACCACGUCGGUGGACAACGUCGACGAGCUCUCGAAGCUCAUGGAGGAUGUCCGCUCCAUGACGCGCGGCUCUGCCUCUCGCUGGCGGCGAGUCGCUACGACGAUGCCCCGCUCCCUCUGGAAACCGGAGAGCGAUUCGACGUCGUGCGACCACCUCUUCUUGGGGAGUGGGUCGUGCCAAAAGGAGUUUGGUGCUUUCCUCGCCGGGUAUCGUCUGCCAUCGGGAGCCUCGACGGCAAAGAGUAGUGAGAGCAGCGGCGGCGGGACGACCUCGGCGUUGUGGGGCAGCAUCAAGAUCAAUAGGCGCAAUCACUGCUGGAGGUGUGGAAACUGUUUCUGUAACGAACACAGCAAGGAGUUCGCGACGUUGAUCCUCGAUAGUGAGGAUGCGCCGGCGCCAACGCCUCCUCAGGCCGGCGAGGAGCCAGACUACGCCACGGCGGCAGCUGUGCAAGAGCCUACCCUUGCACCCACGCCAGUCGUGCGCUCAGCCUCCGCCUGCCUCUCCCAGUACCUCGCAAGCGAGGCGGCCAAGGCCAGCAACAAUGUCGGCCGCACCGGCCCCGCCCCCGCGAGCAGCGCUGUAGGCUCCAUCGACUCGGCAGGAUCGGCGGGCUCAUCCAACCUGUCCGGGAGCAGCAACCUCGCCGAGUCCCUCCGUCACCACGGGGUUGCUCGAACCGGCACCACAAGCCCAGAGAUGAGCAGCCACGACGGAGCGUUCCCCUCUGCCUCACUGCACCACAGCAUGGACGACAUGGAUCGUCCCCCCUCGGUUUCCCUCUCCCUGCCCCGCAAGCAAAACGUAGCCGCAGCCCUCGCGGCAGCCAUGGCUGGCCCUUCCUCGCGCUUCUCCUCGUCGUCGUCCUCGUCCUCCACUACCACCGACGCCGUCUCCUCCCGCAUGACCAUCCUAGCCGACGGGCGCUACGUCGUCCGCGAGCGUGUGUGCGCGCGUUGCAGCAAUAUAGUUGACCAAGCAAAGGCACGCGCCCUGGUCAAGCAGGCAAGACGCGAGGCGGCGAUGACAGCCUCGUACGCAGACGACAACUAUGCCGCGCAGCAGCAGCAGCCGUAUGGGCCGCGUCGCUGUUCUGACCCUGCAGCGAAUCGCAGUACGGAGGACGAGGACUAUCAGCUCUCCCUACAGCGGCUGUACGAGGACUAUCGUCGUGAACGCCGUAAGAUGGCGGCUGCCGCGAGGAGCAAUUCGGCGGACGCUGUUCCGCAGGUGAUGAGGGGGUUCAAACUCGCCCCACCCCCGCCGAGGCGCUAUAGGCGUCAGGCUUCGCAUCGCAGUAUGGAUGGGGACGAGUCCAGCGAUGAGGAGGAGGAUGAGGAGGGGGACAACGCUGCUUCCCGCCUCCACCACCACCACCAGCGCCACCACCACUACGCUUCCCCGCAUUACGGCGGCGUUGGUGAAUCCGGCGUGCGCACCCCAGGCGGAGGACACGUCAACGUGUGUGCGUACUUUCCCGUCUUCCCCACCAGGGCAGACUUUGAGGAUCAACAUCAAGUCUUCUCCCCCGCCGCGCCUUUGCCACCUAGGGUGGCUCUACCGCAGUGCGGCAUGGGGGGACAGAGGUUGCAGAUCGCCCUUGCGAGGUAUGGGUGAGCCGCGCGGGAGGAGGAGGGGUGAGAAAGGGGGUGGGGCGUGGUUUGAUUUUUUAGAUACCCGGUUAGAUUGAUGGUGAGACGUGGUAGUAGUAGUAGUAGUAGUGACGGUAGACUUUUCGCAUUCGCCUCUUGCACGCACACUUCAUAUGUCUUAUAUUCUCCUCGUCGUACAUUCUCGCACUCGCAUCUCGCAUCUCGCAUCUCGCAUCUCGCAUCUCACGUACACUUGUUUUACAAUACACAUUUCAGCAUCACCAUCC